AUGCACCCACAGAAUUAUGAAGUUCCAGAUUUCCAUUUUGNCAGCAAGCAUCAGAGAAUUCACACAGGUGAGAGACCAUAUGAAUGUAAAGAAUGUGGAAAAACCUUUAAUGAGAAGUCAAACCUCAACGUGCAUAAGAGAAUUCACACAGGUAAGAAACCAUAUGAAUGUAAAAAAUGUAAGAAAGCUUUCAGCCAGAAGUCACACCUCAGCUUACAUGACAGAUCUCACACAAGUGAGAAACCAUAUGAAUGUAAAGAAUGUGGAAACUCUUUCUACUGUAAAUCACAACUCAAUGUACAUCAGAGAAUUCACACAGGUAAGAAACCAUAUGAAUGUAAAGAAUGUAGAAAAACCUUUCAUGAGAAGUCAAACCUCAACAAGCAUAAGAGAAUUCACACAGGUGAGAAACCAUAUGAAUGUAAAGAAUGUGGAAAAACUUUCUACUGUAAAUCACAACUCAAUGUACAUCAGAGAACUCACACAGGUAAGAAACCAUAUGAAUGUAAAGAAUGUGGAAAAACCUUUCAUGAGAAGUCAAACCUCAACAAGCAUAAGAGAAUUCACACAGGUGAGAAACCAUAUGAAUGUAAAGAAUGUGAAAAAACUUUCUACUCUAAAUCAAACCUCAAGAUAAUUCCAGAAUCAGAGAAAUCUUCUCAGUUUGACAUAUGUUGGAGAAAGUUCUAUGAAAAUUAUGAACUCACUGAACAGCAGAAAAUACACACAGAAGAGAAACCCUAUAAAUAUAGUGAAUGUGAUAAAUCGUUCAUGAAGAAAUUACCCCUUACAAUCCAUAAGAGAACACAUACAGGGGAGAAGCUAUACGUGUGUGAUGAAUGUGGGAAAACCUUUCACAAGUCCUCAAACCUCAUCAGGCAUCAGAGAAUUCACACAGGUGAGAGACCAUAUGAAUGUAGUGAAUGUGGAAAAACCUUUCACGAGAAGUCAAAUCUCAGGAAGCAUCAAAGAAUUCACACAGGUGAGAAACCAUAUGAAUGUAAUCAGUGUGGGAAAACCUUUCACAGGAAGUCAAACCUCACCAGACAUCAGAGAAUUCACACAGGUAAGAAACCAUAUGAAUGAAAAGAAUGUUCAAAAAUUUUCUGAAGUAAAUCAGACUUCAAUGUACAUCACAGUACUCACACAGGUGAGACACCAUAUGAGUAUAAAGAAUGUAUAAAAUCUUUCUACCAUAACUUGGAUCUC